CACAAGGCCUUUCGCGAGGCGAGGGCCAAGAUGGCGGCGGGCGCGAGCGAGCGCGCUUCGUGAGGCGCCGGGUCACCAUGACGACGGCGGCGGCGGCGGCGGUGUCCCUGGGCCUGCGGGUCUUGGGCCUGGCCGCGCGUCGGGUCCGGCUCCUCUCGGGCGCCUCCCCUGCCCUGGAGCAGGCCUCGGCCCGCGCUCUGAGCCUGCGGAACUCGCGGCCACGCGGUGGAAAGAGGGAGGAGGAGGAGGGAGGCCGGACCUGCAGCCGCCCUGACCCUCCGCAGCCCCUCUGGGCCGGGCCGGGCCGCCCGCAGAGCCUCGGGGACUCCGCGCUGGAUCACCUGGCCGGGAUCGCCUCGGGAGAAGCGGAGCCGUCGCUGGGGGGGCCGGCCGCCCCUCCCGCCCCCGCCUUUCCGGGGGAGCAUGAGUCCUUGCUGUCCCACCGCCCUGAUCAGCCGAGGAACCCCAAAGUCUUGAGAGUGGCCGUUAUCGGGGCCCCUAACGCUGGCAAGUCCACCCUGUCGAACCAGCUGCUGGGACGGAAGGUCCUGCCGGUCUCCAGCAAGGUGCACACAACGCGGUGCAACGCUCAGGGCGUCAUCACAGCCGCGGACACGCAGCUGAUUAUCCUGGAUACCCCUGGCCUCACCACCGCUGCCAAAGGCAAAAGACACAACCUGGAAAAAUCCAUGCUGUCUGACCCGUUCGACAGCUUGAACGAUGCAGAUUUAGUGCUGGUCCUCGUGGAUGUCUCGGACCGCCACACCCGGCACCAGCUCCACCCACAGGUGCUACGCUGCCUGAAGCAGUUUCCGCAGGUGCCCAGCCUCCUUGUCCUGAACAAGGUGGAUCUGGUGAAGCAGAAGGGCGUUCUCUUGGAGCUGGUGGUCGAGCUCACCGAAGGCGCCUUUGGAGGGAAGAAGCUGGGAACCAGGUCUCUGUACCGGCCCCCCAAGAGGGCCCAGAGCCCCCCCGCAGAGGCCCUGGAGAAGGUCCCAGGCAUGGAGAGCGGCACCCCGGAGAGCCCCAAGGGCCAGAAAGGCUGGCCGGGCUUCCGGGAGAUCUUCAUGCUGGCUGCGUUGCAAGAGGAGGAGGUGGACACGCUGAAGAAGUACCUCCUCAAGCAAGCCCAGCCCGGUCCCUGGGAGUACCACAGUGAGGUCCUGACCAGCCAGUCUCCGCAAGAGAUCUGCGCGAACCUCAUCCGGGCCAGACUCCUGGAACACCUGCCCCACGAAGUGCCCUACCUCGUGACCCAGGAAACAGCCCUAUGGGAAGAGGGUCCCGGCGGGGAGCUCCAGAUUGUGCAGCAUUUGCUGGUCCCGAAGGAGAGAUACCUGAAGAUGCUGAUUGGCCACCAGGGCCAGGUGAUCGGCCGGAUCGCCACCGAGGCCGGCUACGACUUGAUGGACGCCUUCCUGUGUGAAGUCCAGCUGAAGCUCUCCGUCCAGCUGAAAGAGUGAGCCCGGGUCCCUUCGGACGCUGCUCUGGUCUGGCCAGAGCCCUCCCUCCCCCCCUCUCGUGCCAGAGGGGGGGGCAGACGCUUGGAGGCAGACAUGCAGCCCCCUCCUUCCCAUCUCAGCCCCCCCCAGAGGGUUUCCCGGACGAGGGGCAGCCGGAAUGCCUUCCCUCCCUGCGGAUGGGGCCACUUGUGAGUCACGUUUUCACUUGGCAUAGGAAUCUCUCCCGCCCCCCCCUCCCGACGGCUCUUCAUGGACGGCAGACACGUGACGGCGCGCUCACUGUGUACCAGUAAGGGGUCUGGGUGCCAUUUCCACCCAGGAGAAGCCACGGCUGGGGGGUCCCGGGGCUGCCACUGGGCUGGCCCCCCUUGCUUGCCCCGUGGGUGAAGAACGUUCAGAUUUGGCUCAUCGGACGGGCCUCUCAUGGCAAUAAAACGAGGCUCCUGGUCAGAGAAA